AAAAGCGGUCGGAAAAGCGGUAAUUAAAGGUACCCCCCAUUGGAAGUUAAAAGAAGAAUACAACAAGAGAGCACAAUGUCUUCAGUUUCAGCUUAUUACAAUGGAAAGACUGUACUGAUCACAGGAGCUACAGGUUUCAUGGGCAAAGUACUGGUGGAAAAACUACUGCGUUCCAGCCCUGAAGUGAAAGCUGUUUAUAUACUUGUAAGACCGAAGGCUGGACAGUCAAUGCAAGAGAGAGUGGCAAACAUGUUGAAAUGCAAGGUCUUUGACAGAGUACGAGAAGAUUGCCCUAAUUUUCACGAGAAGAUUAAGCCUAUUAAUGCUGAACUCACUCAGCCCAAGCUGGCCAUCAGCGCUGAAGAUGAGGAGGAGCUCCUGACUCGGAUCAAUAUUGUCUUCCACUGUGCUGCAACAGUUCGCUUUGAUGAACCUCUGAAACAUGCCCUGCAGCUGAAUGCAAUGGGCACGCAGCGACUUCUAGAGCUGGCCCGGCAGAUGCAGAAGCUUGAGGCAUUCAUCCACAUCUCCACAGCCUAUGCUAACUGUGUACGGAAACGCAUAGAUGAAGUCAUCUACCCGCCCCCUGCUGAGCCCAAGAAGCUCUUCGAUUUAGUAGAGUGGUUGGAUGAAUCUAUUAUUCAGGACAUCACACCCAAGCUGCUUGGGGACUGGCCGAACACCUAUACUUACACCAAAGCCUUGUCAGAAUACCUGAUUCAGCAAGAGAAAGGAAACUUGAACAUUGCUAUCAUCAGGCCAUCCAUUGUGGGAGCUAGCUGGCAUGAGCCUUUCCCAGGUUGGAUUGACAGCUUCAAUGGGACAAGUGGAAUCUUUGUUGCAGCAGGUAAAGGGAUCCUGCGAUCCGUCAUUGCCAAUAAUGAAGCGGUGGCAGACAUGAUUCCAGUAGAUGUUGUCAUCAACCUCACCCUCGCGGCCGGGUGGUACACUGCUGUACACAGACCAAAAAACAUGUUGGUGUAUAAUUGUACAACGGGUGGAAUCAACCCUUUCUUCUGGGGAGAAAUGGAACAGUAUGUGAUGUCCACAUUCAAAAGGAACCCACUUGAGCAGGCCUUUAGAACACCCAAUGCUCACUUGACAUCAAACUACCUGAUAAAUCAGUAUUGGAUAACUGUCAGUCAUAAAGCUCCAGCCAUACUCUAUGACUUGUACAUGAGACUUACAGGAAGGAAGCCCAGAAUGAUGAAGAUAAUCAAUCGACUGCACAAGUCUUUGAUGCUCCUGCAGUAUUUCUCCACCCAGUCCUGGGACUGGUCUUCUGAUAAUAUGAAUAUGUUAAUGAGUCAUCUUAACCCAGAGGACAAAAAGUUGUACAACUUUGAUGUUCGCCAGCUGCAUUGGUCAGAGUACAUUGAAAGCUACUGCCUCGGUGCUAAGAAGUACUUACUAAAUGAGGACAUGUCUGGGAUUCCAGCAGCAAAGCAGCACUUAAGAAAGCUGAGGAAUAUUCGAUAUGCAUUCAACACCACACUCCUAGUGAUCAUUUGGCGCAUUUUCAUUGCAAGGUCACAGAUGGCUCGAAACAUCUGGUACUUUGUGGUGAGCCUCUGCUAUAAGUUCCUUUCCUACUUCAGGGCAUCCAGUACCCUCAGGCACUGAAGCAGUCUCUUGGCAUCCAGCCUCUUCCAGAAGGACCUCCACCUCCUCUAAUCCUCAAUUGUGGGCAUCCAGGCCUGAAAGCAGCAGAAAAAUCGAUUCCCUC